AUGAGCGACUUUGACUUGACAUCGAGCAACGGCGAAGCCUUAGAAAAUAACGGGAACAGUGCGGAUAGUCAUCAAAACAACAACUCUGACACGAGCAAGGAGCUGCCCCCGGCCCCCCGCAUUGGCGUUGAGGACGCUGACGUAGGCAAGCCGGCCAACGCCAAAGAACCAGUGCCAAAGCAUGAGACUCUACAAGAGGUAAUAGACCGGAAACGCAGAGAGAAAGGAUUGCCGCCUGUUCCCAGAAUACCAAACAGAGAAGGAGAAAUCGAAGAAGGCCAUAAGCUCCUGCACUCUGGCUUGGCAAGAUAUGUCGUCCUACGACCAGACAAUGUCGUCGUCAAAUUGGGGUCAUACUUGAACCUUGAUGAGGUCGAUGCGAUGAACUUUGCCAGAAGCGUAGGCAUUCCCGUCCCAGAGGUCCUCGGCUGGGGAGAGCAGAGGAAUGCGGAGGGGCAUUAUGAGCAUUACAUUGAGAUGGAGUACGUAGAAGGAGCCACGCUGGAAAAAGCAUGGCCUGAUUUGUCCGAUGAGACGAGGCUCGAUAUUGCCCAUCAGCGUCGAGAAAUUCUCAGAAAAAUGCGUGCGAUACCCCCUCCGGAGAACUAUAUCGGCAGCUACAACAGCGACAGAAUCGUUGACGCCCGAGGCAUGUCCACGUUUGUCCGUCCGGCGUGCCAAAAUGAGGAGGAGUUCAAUGCAUUCCUCACAGCGGAAAAGGGCAUGGCCAAGUCGGUCAAGGAAGCCUACAGAACUAGCAUAGGCAAGCACAAGAUCGUCUUUACACACAGCGACAUCGCGCCGAGGAACAUUAUGGUGCGGGAUGACCGCAUCGUUGCCAUCAUCGACUGGGAGGGCGCCGGUUGGUACCCCGAGUACUGGGAGUAUGUCAAGUUGAUGCACUUUCUUGAUCGGUGCCCUGGUUGGAAAGGUCUCGUCGACGAAAUCUUUCCAGAGAGUUACGCUUUUGAGCUCUUGUAUACACUGGUCUCCGAUGUUACCAAGACAACUGGGAUAAUGAUCCUUACGAGUCCAAGAAGGGGCGAAAUCAACAACUGCCCAAAAGAGCUCCGCCAGGACGAGCACUACAAGCGCGAUGAAAUAACUAUCGGGUGCAUACUCAAUCUGCAGGAUCAAGAAAAACGGGACAGAGUUGCUGAAGUGAACAACAGCCUUGAGUGCGCAAUAGCUUCCGCGUCAGUGCUCACUCAUCGGAAGCUUCCCAUGUUCUCGUUCUUCAAGGCUAGGAGCCCCUUUUCACACCAUUGCACACAGUUGGAGUCGCCGUCGUUAAGGACAGCCACGCUAUCCAUCAGGCGGUUCAUGCCCUCCAAGGUGAUGGUCAUCUGCUUCACGUGA